GGGGGAGUGAGAGAGGGAGAAGCAGGCAUCCCGCGGAGCUGGGAGCCCCAUGCGGGGCUCGAUCCCAGGACUCUGGGAUCAUGACCUGAGCCGAAGGCAGACGCUUAACGUCUGAGCCACCCAGGCGCCCCCCAAAAAUUAAGUUUUAAAAACAACAGGUAUAAUGGCUUUUUAAAAAAGACUCUUUUGCUAAAUUAAAACCCGUGAGACUGAUUGCUUUGAUUCUGAACCUGUCCUUCAGCAAGUAUUUUUAAUUGCCCUCUUUUUUUCCCCUUUGAAAUCCUGAAAGAAGGUAUUCUUGGACUUUUAGGAGCCAGUAGUAGGCGGGCCUUUUCUCCCCCACGUGAGUGCCACGGCCCACUGAGCCCCGCGGCGUUCCCGCUCGGCCCUCUGCGGCUCUGCGGUCACGGGUGGGCAACGCGGACGGAGGGACGCGCCCCCGCCCGCAGGACCGCGGACCGAGCCCGGGCCCUGUCCCGCCCGCUCCAACCCCGGCCUCUCCCGCAGGCCGAGAUGCGGCUGCUCCUGUUCGUGCCCCUCCUGCUGGCCCCGGCGCCCGGGUCCUCGGCUCCCAAGGUGAGGCGGCAGAGCGACACCUGGGGCCCCUGGGGCACCUGGAGCCCCUGCAGCCGGACCUGCGGAGUGGGCAUCAGCUUCCGGGAGCGCCCCUGCUUCUCCCAGAGGAGGGAUGGGGGCUCCAGCUGCGUGGGCCCCGCCCGGAGCCACCGCUCUUGCCACACGGAGAGCUGCCCCGCAGGCACCAGGGACUUCCGGGCCCAGCAGUGUUCCCAGUUUGACGGCCAGGACUUCCAGGGAAGGCGGUACAAGUGGCUGCCCUACUAUGGAGCCCCGAACAAGUGCGAACUGAACUGCAUUCCCAAGGGGGAGAACUUCUACUUCAAGCACAGGGAGGCUGUCGUGGAUGGGACGCCCUGUGAGCCUGGCACCCGGGACGUCUGUGUGGAUGGCAGCUGCCGGGUCGUCGGCUGUGACCACAACCUUGACUCCUCAAAGGAGGAGGACAAGUGUCUGCAGUGUGGGGGUGACGGCACGACCUGCUACCCUGUCAUGGGCACCUUUGAUGCCAAUGACCUCAGCAGAGGCUACAACCAGAUCCUCAUAAUUCCCACGGGGGCCACCAGCAUCCGCGUGGAGGAGGCGGCGGCCAGCAGGAAUUUCCUGGCGGUGAAGAGCGUGCGCGGCGAAUACUACCUCAACGGGCACUGGACCAUCGGGGGCGCCUGGGCCCUGCCCGCGGCCAGCACCGUCCUGCACUACGAGCGCGGGGCCGAGGGGGACCUGGCGCCCGAGCGGCUCCUCGCUCGCGGCCCCACCUCCGAGCCCCUGGUCAUCGAGCUCCUCAGCCAGGAGCCCAACCCGGGCGUGCGCUACGAGUACCACCUGGCCCUGGGCAGCCCCCCGCCCGGCUUCCGCUGGGGCCACGGCUCGUGGAGUGACUGCAGCGCCGAGUGCGGUGGAGGUCACCAGUCCCGCCCGGUGUUCUGCACCACUGACGACGAGGUAUACCCUGACCACAUGUGCCAGCAUCAGCUGCGGCCGGCUGACCGCCGCUCCUGCAGCACUCACCCCUGCCCGCAGACCAAGCGGACCUCUUACCUGCACCGGCCCAGAGCGUGGCACCUUGCUGGGGCCCAGCGUGCGUGCAGGAACAGCUGGAAGACGGGGCCCUGGUCGCCCUGCUCGGCCUCCUGUGGUGGUGGCUCCCAGUCCCGCUCCGUCUACUGCGUCUUGUCUGAUGGGGCUGGCGUCCAGGAGGCCGCCGAGGAGGCGGAGUGUGCAGGCCUGCCUGGGAAGCCCCCCACCGCGCGGGCUUGCCACCUGCAGCGCUGUGCAGCCUGGAGGGCAGAGCCCUGGGGAGAGUGCUCUGUCAGCUGCGGCGCUGGCGUCCGGAGGCGGAGCAUCACUUGCCAGAGUGAGGAGGGGUCUCUGCUCCAUGCUACGGCGUGCUCCUCGGAGGACCGCCCCCCCGUCACUGAACCCUGUGUGCGUGAAGACUGUCCCCCCAUCCAUGACCAGGCCUGGCAUGUGGGCGCCUGGGGCCUAUGUUCCCGGAGCUGCAGCGAGGGGACUCGGACGCGCCAGGUCCUCUGUGCCCUCAGGCCAGCCAGCCGCUGCGGGAGCCUGCGGCUGUCCAAGCCCGGGGAGGUGGAGCCCUGUAACUCACAGCCCUGCCAUCUUCCUCCAGAAGUCCCCAGCAUGCAGGACGUGCACGUCAGCUCCAGGGAUCCCCGGAUGUCUUUGGGCCCUCAGGUGGCCCCCACCUCAGAUUCCAGAGACCAGUGGUGGCUCCCCCAGGAGCAACCCUCAGUCCAGGGUAAUCCCAGAAGAGCCCAGGGCCUUCACCUGCCAGGCCUAGCCCCCUCUCUGCCACAGUCCCCACACCGGCAGCCCCUGCGGUCUGGCUUGGCACCCCAAGACUGCAGACAGAGCCCCUAUGGGUGCUGCCCUGAUGGCCACACCACGUCUCUGGGGCCGCAGCGGCAGGGCUGCCCUGGGACCUCAUGUCAGCAGAGCAGGUACGGGUGCUGCCCCGACGGGGUGUCUGUGGCUGAGGGGCCCUGGCACGCUGGCUGCGCAGGGUCUUACAGCAGUGACAACGUGGCGCGAAGGCCGGGGUCAAGAGCAGUGGCUUUCUCAGCCCCCACGGCCCACCGGCCCCAGGCUCAGCAGAACGAGCCCCCUGAGUGCCGGGGCUCCCAGUUCGGCUGCUGCUAUGACGGGGUGGCCACUGCGGCCGGCCCUCUGGGGGAAGGCUGCGGGGGCCAGCCCAGCUACGCCUACCCUGUGCGGUGCCUGCUGCCCAGCGCCCACGGCUCCUGCGCGGACUGGGCCGCCCGCUGGUACUUCGUCCCCUCUGUGGGCCAGUGUAACCGCUUCUGGUACGGCGGGUGCCACGGCAACGGCAAUAACUUUGCCUCUGAGGAGGAGUGCAUAAGCAGCUGCCGGGGGCCGCACGCUGGGCCCCGCUGGCCCGAGCCGGGGGCCUCUGGCCCGAGCACCCGCGCAGAUGGUGGCGGCAGCCGUCCUGGAGGCCAGCUGGAGGCCAGCUGGCCCGGGACGGGGGCCACAGUCCCGACGAAGCUCUUGCCUUCCGGUGGCCUCGGGUGGCGAGACCAAGAGCCUGGGGCGUUUGGAGAACGGCACUGGGGCGGGGAGCUCGGGCCCCCAACCCCUGGCCUGGGCGGAGAUGCGGGGCGACCAGUGCCAUCCUCCCACAGCUCCCCCUACAGGGUCAGCUUGGCAGGCCCGGAGCCGUCCCUGGUGCAGGCCCCCCGGGGGCAGUUGGUGCAGCUCCUCUGCCAAGAUGACAUGCCCCUGGAGCCCCAUACCAGGUGGCAGAAAGACGGGCAGCCCAUCUCCUCCGACAGGCACAAGCCGCAGCCUGAUGGCUCCCUGGUCAUCAGUCCCCUGCGGGCAGAGGAUGCUGGCAUCUACAGCUGUGGCAGCGGCCGGCCAGGCCGUGACUCUCAGAAGAUCCAGCUUCGUGUCACAGGGGCUGAUGUGGCCGUGCUACCUGAGGCUGAGCCAAGACACUUCCCUCAGACCAGGGACCCAGCCCAGGGCCACAGUCCUCGGGACUCCAGCCUAGUGGGGGACAGAGGAGGCCUAGGGGCCGUCUCCUCCUUGCAACCUCGGCCCACGACCAGGCUGCUUCUGGACAGGAACCAGCCUAGGGUGGUGGACGCCCGACCAGGCCAGCAGAUCCAGUUGACCUGCCGUGCUGAGGGCUUCCCACCCCCAGCCAUUGAGUGGCAGAGAGAUGGGCAGUCCCUCUCUUCCCCCAGACACCAGCUGCAGCCCGAUGGCUCUCUGGUCAUCAGCCAUGUGGUUGCGCAAGAUGGUGGCUUCUAUGCCUGUGUUGCUUUCAACGGGCAGGACCGAGACCAGAGAUGGGUCCAGCUCAGAGUUCUGGGCCUGGCCCUCAGACCCUCACACCUGAGGCUGUGCAGACCAGAGAGUUGGUCCACCUUUCUGCAAGGAUAUUGCCGUUUGCACCAUUCAUUCUUCAACUCCUGCCUCCAGGGGAGGGGGCUGCAGCACCCUCUUCCCAACGUAAUGCUGCUCUCUGUUGGCCGGGCUACACCAGGGUUUCUCAACCUUGGCACUAUCGGUAUUUCAAACUGGGAACGGGCUGCCGGUGCGGGCCGACGGGCAUCGCGUCCACCAGUCCCCAGAUGGCACGCUGCUGAUCCACAACCUGCAGGCCAGAGACGAGGGCUCCUACACGUGCAGUGCCUACCGUGGAAGCCAGGCAGUGAGCCGCAGCACCGAGGUGAAGCUGGUCCCGCCAGCUCAAGAAAGUCAAGAGAAAGAGGACCUUAGCAGUCUUCAAAUAAUUCCAUCUUAUACAGCCGAGGAACUCAAAACCCUCCUAGGUCCUUUUACCCAUCUCCUUCCCAAUGUCUCUUAAAGGACAGGCUAGAAGCAGGGCUCAGAUCUCCUACAUUUCAGACAGAUAAAAGGUUUAACAUCCUACUACACGUCAUGGCAUAUCUACUAAGACACAAAUAUUAGAUCUUUGAUUCUCAUGCAAUGAUUCAUAGCUUAAGACUUGAAGACUCUGACCAAGAUUAAAACAAAAAAAACAAACCAGCACCUAUGAAUUCCUAAUGUGAGGUCCUUUAAAGAAUGAUGAUUCAUAGUUUUCAAUGCCUGUUCACUUGUUUUUUGGGAGAGAGAGGACUUUGGGAAUGCCAGGGUCAGAAAGGUCCAAGCAAGUAUGUUAGAUUAGAUGUUAAAGAAUGUCAUAAAGGAGUGUUUAAAUCACAAUGUGCAUUUGUGGCUCAUCAGAAUAAAAGCAUAGAGAAGUAAAAUUUUAAAUUGGAUUAUUCCUAAAUAUAAAACGAUUUCCGUGUGAGCACCAGCUGAGUCCCAUUCUGAUCGUGGCAAAUCUUUAUCCGCCUCUGCUUGUAAUCCUCUAGGUGUUAGGACUCAACCACUUUGGUAGGUGUUAUGUGCAGCAAAGAGUAUUAUUUGGUGGUAUUAAAGAAUGUGCUUUCAGUCUGAAAAAUCACUGAAGCACACUAAGUAACAGCUAUAUAUAUUAAAUUUUCUGAUAAAAACAGCAUGGUGUUUUUUAUUCUUUGGUAUCUGGUGCAAAUGUUUGUAAGAAAUUUAAAAAAAUCAUUACCCAGAAUUUAAUUUCAAAUAAAAUAUGUAUCUUUUUUUGGCUUAAGAGUCAGAGUUGUUUGGGUCAGUAGUAGAUUAAUGGUGUUCUCUAAAAUGGCUGGUUUAGAACUAAAAGGAUAUAAUAAAAAAUAAGCAAGAUUUUAUUAAUGUAUAUUUAAACUGAAUUGUUUAAUUCCAAAACAUUCCUUGUUAGUUUCAACUCUAGCUGUACACAAGAAUGCAAAAGCGUUUUCCCUAAGCCCGAUCACUUAGUUCUGCAAUACACUCAAACCUGACUUUGGACAACAGACUCCUGAGUAACUUGCACAGGCAUUUCUGCUAUGCUGCCAUGUGUACCUGCAAAAAAUUCACCAACUCUGCAAAAUCACACACUACAGUUAACAGGGCUUUGGGAAAAAGAUGGGUUAGCUUCUCAAAAUCCACGGACUUUUUUCACUGAAGCACGAAAACACAGCCAUCAUCUACUACGAAGGGCGCUGCUGUGAAAUCUCCCUCUGCAUUUGCACCCAGCAUCACCAUCAGUGGGCCCUUUGCAGCCUGAACCUGGAACUUGUACUUCUUCCUUCAAGAUGUAGGUCAUUGGUAGCAUUUGCUUCUCAGAGAGAUCAGAUGCAUCAGAAUUAGAAGUCUGUUCCAGGAUGUAGAUUUCCCCAAUUUUGUUUUUAAACAUGGGGGGUAAUAGAAGGUUUAAAAAACUUUUUUAGAGUUACAGUACCAACAACGACCAAUUAGCCUGAACCACAAAUAAGUUUGUUUUUACACAAGGCAAAAUGUUGGGGACUCCAGCUUAAAAUUAUAAUUUAAUAUACAAUUUAACAUAUCACUCUGGCAAAUGAAAUGAAUAAAUUAUCUUAAGUAAAGCUUAUGAUGCUUCAUUGUAGUGGGCACUGUGCUUUGGUGAGCAGCCCCUGAGACCUCCUUGUCAGUCAGGCUCCCUCAGAGCAGCUUCUUCAAAUGCAUUCUCAGCCUCCUCCCCAGACAGCUUCCAGUACUGGAAAUGGUAAACACCUUGGAAGCCACAAAACAAGCCACUCUAAAGGAAAGGCCUUUGUUUAGGUUUUCAGCUUUGUUCUGAAGGUCUUCAUAUAUUGCUAAGAGUUCUCUCUGGCUGUGAGAAAGCUUACCCCUGCGAGCUUCCAAAUAUUAACCUGCUGGGAAAAACGGCUUAAAUAACUGCAGUUGUGGGGCGCCUGGGUGGCUCAGUUGGUUAAGCGACUGCCUUCGGCUCAGGUCAUGAUCCUGGAGUCCCGGGAUCGAGUCCCACGUCAGGCUCCCUGCUCAGCAGGGAGUCUGCCUCUCUCUCUGACCCUCCCCCUUCUCAUGCUCUCUAUCUCAUUCUCUCUCUCAAAUAAAUAAAAUCUUAAAAAAAAAAAAUAAAUAACUGCAGUUGUAGCAGAACAGACUGUACCUUU